GAUACUCCCCGACGCAGCCGAUCGCGCUCCAGGCGCAGCGAGACCCGCGGUCGUGAUCGCGACUCCAGUCGACGCAGCGGUAGCUACUGCCGCCGGCUACAGGAUCGCGAAGAGGCACUGAAUCUAGAAAAGAAGCGGGUUCGCCAGAUGGAGCUCGAGCUACAAAGAGAACGAGAUGCGGAGCAACGCCGUCAGCGGAGCGUGCACCGCGGGUCACUACAAAGGGUGACAUGUGACAACCGAAGCCACAGCCGUAGCCGCGGUCGCAGUCGCGGUCGCAGUCGCGGCCGCAGCCGAAGCCGCAGCCGCAGCGGCAGUCGCAGCCGUGGUCGCAGUCACGGCUACAAACGCGGCCAGCACCGUACCAGCAGUCACGUGCCCGUCGAUACGUACCGACGACACUCAACAAGGUUACGUAGUCCAUCUUUUUCUUCUAAAGACGUAACACAAAUAAUUAAGUCUAUUAAAGAUAUCUUCCCGUCACAGCCGAGCCAUAGCACACAAAUUUCUAACAGAGAUAGUAAAAACAUUAUACCUGAGUUUAAUCCUUCGGAGAAAAACCAGCGUAUGGAUAUUUGGCUUAAAAAGGUUAACGAAUGUGCGAUGGUCUACGGCUGGGACGAGAGGAGCACGAUACAUUUUGCUAUGCAAAAACUAUCUGGGUUAGCUAAGAUAUGGUAUGAAAGUCAGAGUUCUAUUUUGUAUAGCUGGUCGGAAUGGCAAACAAAACUGUUAAACGCUUUUCCUUGCGAACAAAAUUAUGGACAGUUGCUUGAAGACAUGUUAAAACGUAAAAGUAGGAUUAACGAACCCAUACAAAAUUAUUUUUAUGAAAAACUUUCCCUACUCAACCAAUGCGAUAUAAGCGGCAAACGCGCCGUUGAUUGCAUCAUUCAUGGCCUUAGUGAUAGGACCACGAGGUCUAGCGCAUUAGCGUUACGGUGCGACGAACCUGACGAUCUGUUGAAGUUCUUGAUGAGCAAUAACAGAGAUCCAUACACUCCCCAACAAUCAUUUCUGAAGGAUCGUAACCUAAAUACGAACGAUGAUAAAGUAAAUAACCGUUCUAACAUUAAAACCAAUCCUGGGCUGUUUUGCUACAACUGCAAAGAGAAAGGGCACCCAUUUUCAAGAUGCCCAAAGCCUCUAGUGAAGUGCAGUAGUUGUGACAAAGUAGGACACAAAGCCGAGCUUUGUUGA